CACAAGACGCUCCCACUGCAGCACCUCGUGUCGUGGAAAGGGCAGCAGGACCCAUCCCCCGGCGAGUUCUCGUACGGCGCGGACCCUAGCAACCUGCUCCAGUGCUUCGCCUGGAACGGGUCGAGGCCACACCGGCGAAGCCCGGUGUGGACAAGCCACCUCUACAUGGGCGGAUUCAACGAGUCGGCCAUUUACAUGGCCUUGCAUCACGCCGGCGACGAGGUGUACAUGUCCUUCGGCAUGCCGGCUGGCUCCUUCGUCCAGCUGGUCAGGUUGGAGAUCGACUACUCAGGCAAGGUAAAUAUACUAAGCUGGCUGAGCAACGUGUCCGCAUGGAGAGCCCUCUACGCAGAGCCUCAACAUGAGUGCAAUACGUACGGCUACUGCGGUCCUUAUGGUUACUGCGACAACACACAAAUCGUCCCGGUUUGCAAGUGCCUUGACGGUUUUGAACCGAGGGAUGCUAAAGGAUGGAUCUCCGGUAGCUUCUCACAGGGAUGCCGCCCCAAGGAGGUGCCAAGGUGCACCCAUGGAGACAGUUUCUUGGCCUUUCCGGGCAUGAAGGUCCCGGACAAGUUCCUCCGUGUCCCGAGCAGAAGCUUCGAUGAGUGCACCGAGGAAUGCAGAAGCAAUUGCUCCUGCGUGGCAUAUGCUUACUCCAAGAUGAGCAACAUAGAUAUUGACGGUGAUGAUACAAGAUGCCUGUUAUGGAUCGGCGAUUUGAUCGACAUGGAGAACAACCAUCAAGGAGGGGAGAACCUCUAUGUUCGGACUAAAAGAUUGCAAGGCAACAUGAGAAAGAUCAAAACCAUAGAAAUUGUAUUACCAGUUGUGUCAAGUUUUCUGAUACUCAUAUGCGUGGGGCUUAUUUGGAUCUGUGGCUUUAGAGGCAAUCAAGGAAGCAAGCUUGUCUGGGAAAGGUUGAUGCGUCGAGAUACAGGAAAUUACAAUCAGUUCGCUGAUGGUAACACGGAGUUUCCCAUUUCGAACUUUAGGGAAAUUGCUACCGCGACAAAUAAUUUCUCUGAAUCCAACAUUCUUGGCAAAGGAGGGUUUGGCAAUGUUUAUAAGGCAAGACGUAUCUGUACUGAUAGUUAUUUGAUCGGUUUUUUUUGUGUGAGGGAGAUAGUU